AGAGAGAGAGAGAGAGAGAGAGAGAGAGCUGAUGUCUGCAAGCAUUUGCAUCAGCAGCCUUUCUCUGAAAAUCUCUGCUGCCACAGCUCUGUUCACACAGGGAGAAGAUGCACGGGUCAGAUCGAGACACUACAGGAAAAACAGGUGCUUAUAGCUGGAAGCACCUCGGCAGCAGUGACUGAGGUCCACAUUGUACCUCAGCAGUGGGGGCUGAAACAGGUUUUUAUCCUCAGACAUGAAAGCAGCAUCAGGAAACACUCUGAUUCAGGACAACUUCUGACUGAUGGCAGACAUGAAGGCUUUGUUACUGGACAGAAAGAAAUUUUGAACCUCACGACAAUCACAGCAUCAUCUGCCUUUCUGCAAGGCAGCUUUGGACCACAUUUUCCAGCCUGUGUUUUCUGGCCGCACUUCCUGGCUGUAAAGGAUGGGUGAUGGGCUGGUGACUGAUUUUGCUUACCUGCCUCAUUCUGCCCUUCAAUGGAGCCUACGGGGAACUCCUCCCGCCCACCUCCACAGCUUAUGUCCAACAUCUCUGCCUCCUCUCUACCUGAGGGCUGGGCUCUUUCCCAGUCUCUAGCCCUGCUGGCCAUGCUGCUCAUGGACUUGGUGUCUGUGGUGGGUAAUGUGGCUGUCAUGGCAGUCAUUGCCAAGGCCCCACAGCUCCACAAGUUUGCCUUUGUUUUUCACCUGUGCUUGGUGGACCUGCUGGCAGCCCUGGUGCUGAUGCCCCUUGGCAUGGUCUCAAGCCGAGCCUUCUUUGGGGAGGCACUGUGCCAGAGCUACCUCUUCCUCAGUGUGUGCCUGGUAAGCGCUGCUAUCCUCUCCAUCUCCGUCAUAAAUGUGGAGCGUUAUUACUAUAUCAUACACCCAAUGCGAUAUGAAGUCAAGAUGACUGUUGGCCUAGUAGCGUCAGUCCUGGUGGGAAUAUGGGUCAAAGCCCUGGCCAUGUCUGCUCUACCACUGCUGGCUUGGCUAUUGCAAGGAGGAAAAACUCCUCUUCUGGAAAGUAGCGGAGUUGGGGGUGGAGGAGAUGGGAGUGUCCCACCCCCCUCUGCUCAGGGUCACAGACGGUGCUCACUGCAUUGGACAGGUGGUGGGUCAAACCGCUUGGCCUUCAUGGUCCUCUUUACUCUGGUAUAUUUUUUGUGUCCACUGCUGGUCAUUAUUGUUGUGUACUGCAAUAUGUUCAAAGUGGCUCGGGUCGCCGCAAUGCACCAUGGGCCUCCGCCAACGUGGAUGGACACACCUCGCCGCCAACGGUCAGAAUCACUCAGCAGCCGUUCCACUAUGGUUACCAGCUCUGGAACAGGGACUGGAACUGGCAGAGCGACUCCACAGCGCCCCUUUGGGGGAGGAAAGGCUGCAGCAGUUUUGGCAGCAGUAGGUGGACAGUUCCUUUGUUGCUGGCUGCCCUACUUUUCUUUCCACCUAUACUCAGCACUGGUUGCCAGCCCUCCCGCCAGACUUGCCUCUCUAGAGGAGGUGGUGACCUGGAUUGGCUACUUCUGCUUCACCUCCAAUCCCUUCUUCUACGGCUGUCUCAACAGGCAGAUCCGUGAGGAGCUGAGCAAGCAUCUGCCUUACCUGUUUCGUCGCACAGGAGUUGAGAUAGAAGACAGACUGCCCAGCCGUGAAGGAUCCAUAGAAGAGAAUUUCCUUCAGUUUCUUCAGGGCACUGGUUGCAAUCUAGAUCCUCAAAACUCUCACAGCACCUCGAGUCCGAAGGGGGAAGCCUGCCGCCCCGUAACUCCGACUCAAACACCUGAGCCAGUACAGCCCAUACCCAUUGAUUUCAGAAUCCCUGGACAAAUUGCAGAGGAGAUGUCUGAGUUUGUGGAGACUGAACAGGUGAAAAACAACCAUAUAUAUACAGAUAAUUAAUUUAUGUAUUCAUUUAAGUUCUGAAAACGUCUCUCAUUCAGAUUUAAAGUAUUGCAGGAGUUAGUUCAGUUAAAAUGUGUAUUUCUCUGUUUCGAGUGAAAGUGAAAUCAGUAGCACAAAUGAUUGAAUACAUU